CUCUGACCCUGGACUAUCAGCCGGAGCAAUGAUGGGAAGCAGAUUUCACCCUCCGUGGUUCUGCCUCUUCCUUCUGAUUCUCUGUCAGGGAAGUGAAGGGUCCGAAGCUGAGCACAGGCUCUUCUCCGUCAUCUUCUCCAGCUACAACCCGUUCAUCCGUCCUGUGGAAAACGUGUCCGACCCGGUUGUGGUUCAGUUCGAGGUGUCGAUGUCACAGCUGGUCAAAGUGGAUGAAAUCAAUCAGAUCAUGGAGACGAAUCUCUGGCUCAGACACAUCUGGAAUGACUACAAGCUGAAGUGGAACCCCAAAGAUUUCGGAGGAGUGGAGUUCAUCCGAGUGCCGUCCAACAGGAUUUGGAAACCUGACAUCGUGCUUUACAACAACGCAGUGGGAGACUUCCAGGUGGAUGACAAGACGAAAGCGCUGCUCCGGUACAACGGCGACGUCACCUGGAUCCCGCCGGCCAUAUUCAAAAGCUCCUGCAAGAUCGACGUCACCUACUUCCCCUUCGACUACCAAAACUGCACCAUGAAGUUCGGCUCGUGGACGUACGACAAGGCCAAGAUCGACCUGGUUCUCAUCGGGUCCACCAUCAACCUCAAGGACUUCUGGGAGAGCGGCGAGUGGGUCAUCAUCGACGCGCCGGGCUACAAGCAUGACAUCAAGUACAACUGCUGCGAGGAGAUCUACACGGACAUCACCUACUCGCUCUACAUCCGCCGCCUGCCGCUGUUCUACACCAUCAACAUGAUCAUCCCCUGCCUCCUCAUCUCUUUCCUCACCGUCCUGGUCUUCUACCUGCCGUCGGACUGCGGCGAGAAGGUCACCCUGUGCAUCUCCGUCCUGCUCUCCUUGACCGUCUUCCUCCUGGUGAUAACGGAAACCAUCCCGUCCACCUCGCUCGUCAUCCCGCUGAUCGGGGAGUAUCUCCUCUUCACCAUGAUCUUCGUCACGCUCUCCAUCGUCAUCACCGUCUUCGUCCUCAACGUGCACUACCGCACGCCCAAGACGCACACGAUGCCCUGCUGGGUCCGCCGGGUGUUCCUGGGGCUCUUGCCGAGAGUGAUGUUUAUGACCAGGCCGGACAGAGACCCCGAGAAGGAGACGGAAAACACCCAGAAGAUGAACUCAAGACCAUGUGCGGUUCAUUCUUCGCUGCACAAACAGUUCAAACCUCAAGCUCUGGCGUCCAGCGUCGUGUCGAGCCUCACGAGCCGCCAGAGGAUCUUCAACAAUACCGAGCUCUCCAAUCUCAACAACCUGAGCCACGACCCCUCCAAGGGUCCUGGGUUCAUGUGCUCUGAGGGUCGAUGCAACUGCUGCUGGAAUCAAAGGACCAGCAAGCUUCCCUCCGAUGCCGGAGGAGGCAGCGGAGGACUCGGCAGCCUGGGCGUCUUGACUGGAGGCGGCAGUGUCGGGGUAACGGGAGGGAGUCAGUGCUCUAGCUCAGAGUCUCUGAAUGGAGGACUGAUGACUCUGCUGCCACUUUCCCCGGAGGUCAGGGACGCCAUCGAGAGCGUGAAAUACAUCGCAGAGAACAUGAGGCUGCAGAAUGAAGCCAAAGAGGUGCAGGACGACUGGAAGUACGUCGCCAUGGUGAUCGACAGGAUCUUUCUCUGGGUGUUUGUCCUGGUCUGCAUCCUGGGGACAGCUGGGCUCUUCCUCCAGCCGCUGCUACUGGGCGAGGAAAUCUGACAUGUUUUCUAAUUCAUGCUUUUUUUAACCAAAGGUGAAGUGUCUCGAUACGAGAAGAAGGGUUUGUCAAGGUCAAGAGGAGGAAGUCGAAUGGAAAACUUCAUGCAUUUUUCACAUCACCCCCGAAUGAUGCAAUAUAUGUUUGGUUUUCUUGUAUUUGCUUUUAUUGUGUGUACAUCUCUUGUUAGCAGGACGCCCGACCUGGAAUCUAUUCAGACACCAGUAGUGACCACAAGUGGUGGUAGGUGGUUAUCACAUGUGAGAAAAACCACAAGGGCUACA